GAUACUAAUUGCUCCACUGCCUGCUGAUCGACGGCGUUACACCAGAACUUCAGGAGACCCCAAAACCGCGUCGCUUGUUUCCGCCGACUAGGGCGGCCGCCGAUUUCCUCCUCAGAAACCCUCUCGCCGGCGCCGACCAAGCUCGCUCUGUGUCUCGGAUAUUCAUAUCACUUUCUCCGUUUUGUUAUUGUCCGAUUCCUGAGAACGAAGAAGAAGAAGAGGAGUGAUCUGCUCCCCUUGUAAAAGAGAGGGGAUUCUGCGAUGGAUGUGCAAAUGAAGGACGAAAAGAACAUAGAGGAGGAAGAUGAAUAUGUUGAAUAUGUUCCUGUGGCAAAGCGUAGAGCAUUGGAAGCUCAAAAGAUUCUUAUGCGCAAGGGAAAGGCUUCUGCUCUUGAGGAAGAGUUGGAGAAGUCAAGGCUUGCUGAAGCCAAGCCCAGUCUCCUUAUAAAGGCAUCUCAGAUGAAGCGUGACCAGCCCGAGGUCAGUCCGACCGAGCAGAUUGUUCAGCAAGAAAAGGAGAUGAUUGAGCACUUAUCUGAUCGAAAAACUCUAAUGUCUGUUCGGGAACUAGCAAAAGGAAUAACUUACACGGAGCCACUGUUAACUGGAUGGAAGCCACCAUUGCCUAUCAGGAGGAUGUCGAGAAAGGCGUGUGAUUUGAUUCGCAAACAAUGGCACAUAAUAGUUGAUGGUGAUGAUAUUCCACCGCCAAUUAAAAACUUCAAGGACAUGAGACUGCCAGAACCAAUUUUGAAGAAGUUGAAAGAAAAGGGAAUUGUGCAGCCUACUCCCAUUCAGGUCCAAGGUCUUCCUGUGAUUUUAUCUGGCAGAGAUAUGAUCGGGAUUGCAUUUACGGGCUCGGGAAAGACCCUGGUUUUUGUUCUUCCUUUAAUAAUGAUUGCACUACAAGAAGAGGUCAUGAUGCCCAUAGUUUCAGGAGAAGGGCCUUUCGGUUUGAUUAUUUGCCCUUCAAGGGAGCUUGCAAGACAGACUUAUGAAGUGGUCGAACAGUUUUUAAUUCCCAUGAAGGAGGCUGGAUAUCCAGAACUAAGGCCUUUACUUUGUAUUGGUGGAGUGGAUAUGAGAUCACAAAUCGAGGUGGUGAAGAAGGGUGUUCAUAUUGUUGUUGCAACUCCUGGGAGGUUGAAGGAUAUGUUGGCAAAAAAGAAAAUGAACCUUGACAAUUGCAGGUAUCUUACUUUAGACGAGGCUGAUAGAUUAGUGGAUCUGGGAUUUGAAGACGAUAUUAGGGAAGUUUUUGAUCAUUUCAAGGCUCAACGCCAAACUCUCUUAUUCUCUGCUACAAUGCCUACCAAAAUUCAAAAUUUUGCAAGAAGUGCCCUGGUAAAGCCUGUAACCGUCAAUGUGGGAAGAGCUGGAGCUGCAAACCUUGACGUCAUCCAGGAAGUCGAGUAUGUGAAACAAGAGGCAAAAAUUGUUUACUUGCUUGAGUGCCUUCAGAAAACUCCACCUCCGGUGUUGAUAUUUUGCGAGAACAAAGCCGAUGUUGACGACAUCCAUGAGUACCUCCUCUUGAAAGGUGUGGAAGCAGUGGCAAUUCAUGGAGGGAAAGAUCAGGAAGAGAGAGAGUAUGCUAUAUCAUCCUUCAAGGCGGGAAAGAAAGAUGUAUUGGUUGCAACUGACGUUGCAUCAAAGGGUUUAGAUUUCCCAGACAUUCAACAUGUUAUCAACUAUGACAUGCCAGCCGAAAUUGAGAACUAUGUCCAUCGGAUUGGUCGAACUGGACGGUGUGGUAAGACGGGAAUUGCAACAACUUUCAUAAACAAGAAUCAAAGCGAAACGACUCUCCUCGAUUUGAAACACCUUCUGCAAGAAGCAAAACAGAGGAUUCCACCAGUGUUGGCCGAGCUGAAUGACCCGAUGGAGGAUGUGGAAGCGAUCACGAACGCAAGUGGGGUCAAAGGUUGUGCUUACUGUGGUGGACUUGGUCACCGUAUCCGUGACUGCCCCAAAUUAGAGCAUCAAAAAAGCAUGGCAAUUGCCAGUUCUAGAAGAGAUUACUUUGGAUCAGGUGGUUAUAGAGGAGAAAUUUGAGAAAGCUAAGAACAGAGUAAGAAUCUUUUUGUUUGAUUUCCCAUUUUGCUCUCCGCGGAUUGUAACUGUAUAAACUGAUAAAUUAGUAUAAGGUUAAUUGUUCCAAUGAAAUCAGUAAUUAACUUGGUGGAUA